AUGGCAAUGUUCGCACGCACGGCACUUCGUGCAAGCCGCGCAGCGCCGAUUACGUGGCAGAGUGGCAGGAAGUGGAAUGCAGCCUUCCGCACGUUCUCCAGCGUGAAGUAUGCCCCAACCCAUGAGUGGUUUAAGAGCGAGGGCAGCAACGGGGUUCUCGGCAUCUCUGAGUUCGCUCAGAGCCAGCUCGGCGAGGUGGUGUACUGUGAGCUGCCUGAGGUGGGUACUAAGUUCACGGCGAAAUCCACGGUCUGUACGUUGGAGAGCGUGAAAGCUGUCGGCGAAGUCUACGCUCCGGUCGACUGUGAGAUCACGGCAGUCAAUGAGAAGCUCAACGAUGAGCCUGCGCUUGUGAACAGCUCUCCCGAGGAGGACGGCUGGUUGAUCAAGGUGAGUUACACCGGCGACACAAGUGCCCUCAUGGACAAGGCGGCGUAUGAGAAGCACCUGGAGUCCGAAAAGACAGAGGAGUGA